AUGCCUGCAGGGGCCAGCCGCUCGGAGGUGACUGAGUUCAUGCUGGUGGGUUUCCCGGGCUCCCCGGGCCUGCGUGCGUGCCUGCUGGUGGUGCUCCUGCUGGCCUACCUGCUGACCGUCACCGAGAAUCUGCUCGUCAUCACCGUGAUCCACGCCAGCCCCGCACUGCACAAGCCCAGGUAUGUCUUCCUCAGCAACCUGUCCUUCCUGGAGGUGUGCUACAUCUCCGUCACGGUGCCCAAGACGCUGCUCAGCCUGGCGGCGCCCGAAUUCCGCCGCAUCUCCUUCGCAGGCUGCAUGGCACAGCUGUACUUCUUCCUGGCCCUGGCCUGCUCAGAGUGCGUGCUCCUAGGUGUCAUGGCCUACGACCACUAUGUGGCCAUCUGAAGCCCUCUGUGCUACCCAGCCAUCAUGAGCCCCGGCCUCUGCAGCCUCCUGGCCGCUGGCUCCUGGCUCUCGGGCUUUACCAUCUCCCUGGGGAAGGUCUUCUUCAUCUCGCGCCUGGGCUACUGCGGCCCCAACGUCGUGAACCACUUCUUCUGUGACGUGUCCCCCCUGCUGAACCUGGUGUGCUCCGACAUGUCCCUGGCGGAGCUCGUGGACGUCCUCCUGGCACUGCUCAUCCUGCUGGGGCCACUGCUGGUCACCGUCUCCUCCUACACUGCCAUCAUCAGUGCGGUACUGCGCAGCCCGUCUGCCGCCAGCCGGCACAAGGCCUUCUCCACCUAUGCCUCGCACCUGGCCGUGGUGGUCAUCUUCUACUCGGCCUCCCUCUUCUUCUACGCCCGGCCUCGUGCCAUCUACUCUUUCGACCUCAACAAGCUGGUGUCCGUGGUCUACACAGUGCUCACGCCCCUGCUCAACCCCGUCAUCUACUGCCUGCGGAACCGGGAGGUCAAGGAGGCCCUGCACAGCGUGGUGCAGAGGGUGGCCCGGGCCCUGGGUGCAGCCUCUUAG